AUGGAAACCCCAUUGCAGUUGCAGAACGAUUUCUAUCCGGAGCAGCAGUACCAGCAGUACCAGCACUACUGCGGACGGGAGGAAGAGCGCUCCAUCAGGCACUGCACCUGCAACAACUCCUCCACCUGCGAGGAUGGGAGAAGAAGCCAGCCUUUGCACGGGACGCCUCAAACGCCACUGGGAACUUUAAGGACACUGUCCGUAUCCUCAUCAACCAGACAAGGUGGUCGGUAUAGCGAGUUCACGCCCUCUAGUCAUGGUAGUUCAUCUAGACAUCAUCAUCAUCCUCACCGCGACCAGAACCGGCAGAAUACUCGGGCCAGUCCGGCCAGCAGCCACAGAGAGAGUAACUCUUACACUCAAAUAGCCAUGAGCAGCUGCAGGUAUAACGGCGGCGUGAUGCGUCCGCUCAGCAACUUGAGCUCGUCCCGCAGAAACCUGCACGAGUUUGAUUCGGAGUCACAGCCACUGCAGCCCGUCUCUGCGGCGGACGCGUCCGACACGCUCGCCUCCAAACCAGAGAACAACUCCAGCACCCUCAUGCCUUACGCAGCGGGGGACGGAGGAGGAGGGGGUGGAUGUGGACACAGUGGCGGUAAAUCGGGCAAAAAGAAGAACCAGAACAUUGGACAAAAGCUCGGGCACAGGAGGGCCUUGUUCGAGAAGAGAAAGCGUCUGAGCGACUAUGCGCUCAUCUUUGGGAUGUUUGGGAUCGUGGUCAUGGUUAUUGAAACAGAACUCUCGUGGGGAGCCUACGGAAAGGAGUCGCUGUAUUCUUUAGCCCUAAAAUGCCUGAUAAGCCUUUCUACAAUCAUUCUCCUGGGUCUGAUUAUCAUAUAUCAUGCCAGGGAGAUUCAGUUGUUUAUGGUGGACAAUGGCGCAGACGACUGGAGGAUAGCCAUGACCUACGAGCGCAUCUUCUUCAUCUGUCUGGAGAUCCUGGUGUGCGCCAUACACCCCAUUCCCGGCAACUACACCUUCACAUGGACGGCACGGCUAGCCUUUUCCUAUGCGCCGUCCAAGACGGACGCUGAUGUGGAUAUCAUCCUGUCCAUUCCCAUGUUCCUCCGUCUGUACCUCAUCGCUCGGGUCAUGUUGCUUCAUAGCAAACUCUUUACAGAUGCUUCUUCUCGCAGUAUCGGUGCUCUCAACAAGAUAAACUUUAACACACGAUUUGUCAUGAAGACCCUCAUGACUAUUUGUCCCGGCACAGUGCUGCUGGUGUUCACCAUUUCCCUGUGGAUCAUCGCCGCCUGGACUGUGAGGGCGUGCGAAAGAUACCAUGACAACAUAGAUGUAACUAGCAACUUUCUUGGAGCCAUGUGGUUGAUCUCAAUAACUUUUCUAACCAUUGGAUAUGGGGAUAUGGUCCCCAACACGUACUGUGGGAAAGGAGUCUGUCUCCUUACUGGCAUUAUGGGUGCUGGAUGCACUGCUUUGGUGGUCGCUGUGGUCGCAAAAAAACUGGAAUUAACCAAAGCCGAAAAACAUGUACAUAACUUUAUGAUGGACACCCAGCUGACAAAAAGGGUGAAAAACACAGCUGCUAAUGUUCUCAGGGAGACGUGGCUCAUUUAUAAAAACACCAAGCUGGUGAGGAAGAUGGACCACGCCAAAGUCAGGAAACAUCAGCGCAAGUUCCUUCAAGCCAUUCACCAAUUAAGAAGUGUAAAAAUGGAGCAACGCAAGCUGAACGACCAAGCAAACUCUCUAGUGGACCUUGCAAAGACUCAAAACGUCAUGUACGAUCUGGUCUCAGACUUGAACGAGCGAGGUGAGGACAUGGAAAAGAGGAUUGCGCUGCUGGAGACCAAACUGGAGACGUUGCUCAGCAACUUGCAGGCACUUCCGGGCCUCAUCAGUCAGGUGAUCAGCCAGCAGCACCGAGACUUCCUGGAGGUGCAGCUGCAGCCGUAUGACAAACACAGCCACGAGCGCUCGCAGUCUGUCUCCCGACGCCGAUCGUCCUCCACCACGCCACCCACUUCUUCUGAGAGCAGCUAGAGCUGCCGGCACCUCCGGAGAAGACUUUCGCCAUCAUAUGGCCAAGUUGCAUUUUAAUGUAAAGCCUUAUGGUUUCAAUAAAGUAUUAUCCAAAUUCUGGUAACACAAUCAGAGGUUACCGGGGGAUAAUGCGUUUGAAAUGGAAACGUCCACAUAUCUUGUUGAUUUGCUCCUUUUUUCUUUUUCUUUUUUACUUCUA